UCGAUUUCUGUAGCCGACAAGAACAAACCUCUUGCUCUAGCUUUUACUCUCUUAACGCUUAACCUAAAACACUUCUAGGUUCCCUCGUUAAGUACCCGUGAAAGACAAUAUUCUACUUCCUAAAAUAUCGCCAACAGAAGAUCUUCUUUGCUUCGCGCCAAAGCAAUAUCUUCUACUUCCAUAAGUUUGUGACAUGUCAUCACGCCGUAACAAACUUAACGUACUAUGUUACACACUCAUCACCAUGUGUAACACACUCUUGGCUCAGAACGAACAAGCUCACAAUUCUUGAGCUUACAUCAGUAGCCAUUAAGAAGGUUUAGCAAGACCGGCGCUACAAGAACCGUGAGCUUCAGUUAAUGCGGCUAAUGGACCACCCAAACGUUGUUUCCUUGAAGCAUUGUUUCUUCUCUACGACGAGUAGAGAUGAGCUCUUCCUCAACCUCGUUAUGGAGUAUGUACCCGAGACUUUGUACCGGGUUUUGAAGCACUAUACUAGUUCAAACCAGAGAAUGCCUAUUUUCUAUGUCAAAUUUUACACUUACCAAAUCUUUAGAGGCUUGGCUUAUAUCCAUGCAGCUCCUGGUGUCUGCCACAGGGAUUUGAAACCACAAAAUCUUUUGGUUGAUCCUCUCACUCAUCAGUGUAAGCUGUGCGAUUUUGGAAGUGCAAAAAUAUUGGUGAAAGGUGAAGCAAACAUAUCAUAUAUCUGCUCUCGUUAUUACCGAGCUCCAGAGCUUAUCUUUGGGGCCACAGAGUAUACAUCCUCCAUAGACAUAUGGGGCCCGUUCGUUUCACCAUGGUCUGCUGGUUGUGUUUUGGCAGAGCUUCUCCUUGGCCAGCCGUUGUUCCCGGGAGAAAACUCUGUGGACCAGCUAGUGGAGAUCAUCAAGGUUCUUGGUACUCCAACUCGAGAAGAGAUCAGAUGCAUGAAUCCAAACUACACAGACUUCAGAUUCCCACAAAUCAAAGCUCAUCCUUGGCAUAAGGUUUUCCAUAAGCGGAUGCCUCCAGAAACCAUUGACCUCGCAUCUCGGCUUCUUCAGUAUUCACCGAGCCUACGUUGCACUGCGCUGGAAGCAUGUGCACAUCCAUUUUUCAGUGAACUACGAGAGCCCAAUGCACGUCUUCCAAACGGCCGACCUCUACCACCAUUGUUCAACUUCAAACAAGAGUUAUCUGGAGCUUCACUAGAGCUUAUAGACAGGCUAAUACCUGAGCACGUUAGGCGGCAGAUGAGUGGAGGCUUUCCAUUACAAGCUGGUCAUUAGAAAAAAAAAGGAUUUUGAAACUGAGAUGUUAUUAUUCACUUUUGACUGGUAGAGACGCCUUUUUCUAGUGAAUAAUUUGUUCGUGGAUGGUGAUGGAAGAAUUGAAUUAUAAUGUCUAAAACUAUAACCGUUAUUAAUUAUAAGGUAGGAGCUUAUAUUACUUUAAGCA